AAACACUCUCAAUUCCCCCAUCAAGGGUUUGUUCCCAGCAUAGACUGUCCUGCAAAUACGCUGUGAUAUGAGACGUCUUCCAGCUUGUAGGCGUAGCAUGCCUUAACUCCAUUUCAUCACCAGCAGCUUCCACCGCGCAGCUCUCUCGCUUGAGGUCUGCCACGAUGACGGACCUACGACAACAGAAUCAGCAUGGGCUGCCUACGACGCCGGACACUAACGACCAGCAGCCAGGCCAUGGAUUAAGUCGAUGGAGCAAUUCCGAAAGCCAACGCUCCAAUAACCGCCGCCUCACGCCGUCAUCACACGAAACGAGAGACAGCACCAGCCCAGCCACCAGCGUUGACGACCCCGAUGCCGCUGCCGAUGACCUCGCUAGACGCAAGAAGAAGAAUCGAGGCUCGGGAGCGUUCUUGCUCCAGCCAUCUAGCAGCCAGCGGAGAUCUCGAAGCCAACGACCUCCGGUCCGUAUGGCAAUCCUGGCGUCCAAAAAGGCGGCAGACGCUGGACGGCCCAACACUGCGGAGGAGGGCAGCAAGUCUAGAAUCAGUUACGACAACAACAGAUUUGUAAACUUCUCCGGCUCCUCUCAAGGUUCAUUGGACCAGGACAAUACUACAAAUGCACAUGGUCUGGGUCUUGAAGAUUCCAGACAGAGCAUAGAUGCAGAUUCGGCUCAAAUUGUGCACAUGGCUCUAAACUUGAGCGAAUCAAGACGAAUCGCCUCGAGGAGAGUCGUCUCCCGAGCUACACCGCCUCGUCUAGCACCGAUGCCAGAUUCUUCUACAGGCAGUGAUCUUCGGCAACAACUCAAACAGCAACGUAGAGCUUCUCACACCAUCUCGCCCAAGCCACAGAUGCCGUCACCUCGAAUCAGUUCUGGCCUACGCCUAACAAGCCCCCUCCAAGCAGCCUUCGACCUGGGCCACGAAACCUCAUAUAAUUACCACUUUUCCGCAUCAACCUUGGCUAGAGCUCAAAAGGCCAAAGAGCAACUGGAGCUCCUAGCCCAGUACCGUCGCUUGCUCGAAGUUCUUCCACCUCUUGCACCGCGAUAUAACCGCCCAAUUACAAGUAGCCCUCCCGGGUCGCCCCCUGCAGCCGGGAAAGUAUUCUCGUGGACCGCAGCAGCCAAUCGCAAUACUGUAGGCCGAAAGUAUAAUCCUCUACAAUACAUCAGAAAUCGCAAGGUCCGCGCUAGAGAGCGAAGGGUUAUCGAUGGCGGGCGCCAAGGUUUCGGCGACGUUGACGAGGUUCGAACAUGGGUUGACCGGUUCUAUCAAGAUAACGCCUUAUCGACAAACCCAUUUGAAGAGCCCAGCAUGCCUGAGUUCCCAGGUGCUGACGCAGCACUGGCUCAAAUGUCCGGGGAUGGUACCGUAAAAGCUGCACCUCGGACUCGUCGUGCAAGAGUCGAUUGGUUUAUUGAGCCAUGCGACAUCAUUGCAGACGCCUACUGGCUUGAACAGGAUGAUAACCGGUCUUUGAUUGAGGAUCGUCAGUGGCGAAAGAUCUUUCCUCAUAGAUGGGAUCUCUCUCGUCCAAUGUCUCGCCAAGUUGACGAUACAGGCAAUGUGCCUGUUUCCUUUCAACCACUGUCUGCUGAGCACCCUUUGAGCUCCUCAGAGGGUCUGGCAUCACGAAUCAGACCAGAAUCGCACGCUCAUUCGGGCACUGUCGAACGCCCCAAGGAUUCGAGACAAAAUAUCAAGGAUACCAACCCUUGGUUGAGUCAAGACGAUGAAGACUUUAGCAAGCCAUGGGCCAAAAAGGAUUCGGCAUCUGAAUUUUCUGAUAGCGAACAUGAGCCAGCCGAGAAACGCAAUAAAGCGUCACAUCAACGAGCCGACACAUCAAUGACCAACAACAACGACAUUCUACAAAAGCAAAUGUUGGAAAUGAUUGCGCAAGAAAACCGAGACCGAGCUCCUGGCGAUAUCCCUGUUUCCGAUAUUGGCCAGCUGGUCCCAACAAGCAUGAUGACUCCAGAAAGGAAUGUUUCAUCCAAAUCGAAUAGUCGCCUUCAAAGCAGGCGCGCAUCGUUGAUCGAGUUCAGUGACUCGGAACUCCAUCGGUCAACAUUGGAAAAGAUUCGGGCCGCAUCACCACCAAGAUUCCGCUUUGGUCAACACAAAGAAACUACUCCUCAUAACUACUCGGGCUCCCUGGAUCCUGAUUCAUCUUUGCCCACAUCGCCAGAAAUGAAGCCUUUUAAAUCCUACUCAGAGGGUCCAGCAGACAUGGAGCUCUCGCCCAGACUCCGGCCUUCGUCUCCGUCAAGGAAUCCCAUUAGCAAAAUCAAGCACCUGAUUCAGGACAAAUCUCCAGAGUCAAACUCGGAUUCGCCAGAGAGACCGGAGCUUUUAACAGUACCUCGUCAGGAUAAUAGCCAGUCUCCAGAGAGUGUCAACCACAGUGACGAGGGCAAUGGCACUCUCAAGAGACCAGCAAACGGAGCAACCCAUGAUGGCGCAAAGGGUCAUCGUCGAGCUACAAGUUUACGUCAUCGUCAGGAUGAGAACAUUGGUAUCAGAGGCAUUUUCAAAGGUCAUACUAUCCGUGGAAGCGUCUCUAAGAUAGGCGAUAUUCUUAGAAAGAAGGAUGGCUCUGGUGAACCGCACGGCGAGUUUGAUGUUACAGAUGAAUCCGACAGUGACCGCGGGCGGGCUCGCUCAAAGACGUCUACAAGCGUAUCUGAUCUAACUGGUACGCAACAUCGCCAGUACGAACCAAAACAGCCGAAGCAUUUCCUUGACAAAAUGCCGGAAUUCCAGCACACGCCGGCUGCUCUGGAACGUGCUGGUGCAAGCGAAGGUCAGAAGACGUCACCACCUACUGCUCAGUCAACUUCAAAAUCCAAGCUCCUUAGCCCACCUCAAGUUGGACCCCGAAGCUCUUCCUCGUCACUCUCUCCACAGCGAGGGGCGAAGCGUGGUUCUGGCGAUGCAGAUAUUUCGGAGGCUGAGUCGGUGCAGAGUCGAAUGCUCGAAGGCAUCCGCGAUGCAAACAAGCGACUGAACUCGGCUAUUGCUCUACCUCCCUACAAUGUCUCGCAUCGAAAGAGCCGACAAUGGUCUAUUGCUGAUGAGCAAAAUAGAGUCUCUCAAAAGACUCAACUUUCGCGUCGCGAGAUUGCACGACUCAAAACAUUGGUGCUCAGCUCCGGUAUUAAGGCAAUGGAAAUUGAUCGCCGAGCCCAGGAAAAGCAUAAACCAUUUGUAUCGAAUGGCUCUUGCGAUUCCGCGCAAAUCCCAUGGGCAGAUAUUCAGCGUCUCUGCCCAGAACAAGCAAAACAAGUGGACCGACUGGUUCCCUUCUACGAACUAUACCCCAUCGCAGCACAAUCGCUAAGCAUUGCUAUUCAAAUGUCUGGCCAAAGAUGGCAGACGUCCGCCGACCGAUUUACCAGUAUCACCAGCCCUGAGCUACACAAGCGCAUUGGCGGCGUACGCUCUAGACUCGGCGAUGAUUUGUCUGAGUUGACUAGGAGAGCCGCGGAUGACGCCGACGCAACCAGCAAGAACCUCGCGCUGGAUCAACCCCUCAAAGUCAAGCAUGUCGUUGACAUUAUUGAGAAGAUGCUCCGCAAACGACGCCGCAGACUGCGCUGGGUCCGUCGCGCGCUAUGGCUCAGCGUUGAAUGGCUCGUCGUCGGUUUCAUGUGGUAUGUAUGGUUUGUCGUCAUGAUCCUGCGUAUCUUCCUUGGUAUCGGAAACGGCAUAUGGACAGGUAUCAAAUGGAUGUUCUGGCUUGAAUAGCCUCCUCCUGUCUUUCUCUCACCUUUUUCAAAGUUUUACUUUCCUUGCGUUUUCUUUCUGUAUCCUCAUCUUGCAUUAAACCAUUGGGUUGGAGUCCUUUACAGCAUUUGAUACCCCAGUGUUUUCGACACGGCCCUCGUCGCUUUGACGCCGUUGCUAAGUCUUAAACAAAAUAGAUGUAAUCAUUAAUUUAGCAUGUAUAAAUAAAGAGCGCACCAUGUACAGAUUGUCAAAAAUGUGAAGCAAUAUUAUU